GGGGGGGUGACCGGAAUCCGGAACAAUAGUCGGGUGAGGCGGUGCAUUCCCCUUUCGGUAUUAGUACGAAUAAGGUACCCAGGCACCCGGAUAACUUUCCUACCGUGCCGAAUGCCACAGAGAAUGCUUUUAUUCGGACAGUUACUGUAAAUCUGGCUUAAGAUCGGGCUCAAUGGAGUUUCAGUGAACAUAGGAGGAUACUGGAUAUUUCUGGCUGCAGAUGAUAUCCAACAGUAAAGACUGUAAGAAUUGGGGCGCGGGGUGGCAGAGGGGGGAAAUAUGUCUACAUAUAAUGCGCAUGCCAGGGAUCAGUUGAGAUACCACUGAUCUACUCCGCACGUCAUAUGAAAACGCAUUGAAGGUGCAAAGCUGUGGUGCACCUACUAUACACCCCGAGCCACAAACUAAAGGUCGGGGGUUGGUUUCAGCAAAGUCCUGAUUUGAGCGUUACCUCGAAAGCUCGGCUUUUGAUAUAGUGUUAGCAGUUAGCACUUUACAAAUGUUCCUUUAUGUUCUAACCAGGUACUGGAGAGCUGGCUUCCUUUUCUGCAGCCAAUUGGCUGGCACGAAUAAGUCUUGCAUGACAACCCACAGUACUUAUUAUAUAUAUCUAUAUGUACACUUUACUUGCCUUGGUCCCUUUAACAGCAUAACAAUGUUGUCAUGGUAAUUUACAUUGUAUACUUAGACUUACCAGUCAGCAUUGAUAAAUAGAUCAGAAGUUUUCGAUUGCUUCCAGAAUGACGUUACGUGUAAGAGGACGUACCAAAUACUGUGUACCCUGGAAGUCGAACUAGUAGUAGCUUUGUCAAAGUAACUAAUCACAUCAUAGUUAGUUUAACUAACGUUAGUUAGUUAACGAGUACAUUUAGUAAGUGCG